CUGGCUCCUGCAAUGCUUGGGCUCUGAGUCAGAGGACUGCUCCUUGCCAUCGUGUCAGAAGAACAGACCCAGGAGCAGAGAUGGAGGGGAUGGAUUUUGAGGAUGAGAAGUCCAAGAGGUACUGCAUGAAGACAAAGCAUGUGGCUGUCAUCUGUGGAGUCGUGGUAAUCGUAGGUCUUGCUGUGGGGCUUGGUGUGGGACUGAGCAGACCUAAAUCUCAGCAGCCUUCAGAAGAACCAGAUCAGCCAACAGACCCUCCUCCUGUCGUGGAUUUGGGUCCCUGUCCUCCUAAAAAUGAUGAGAGUGGAGAAUGGAGACAUUUCAGGCUACCUACUUAUGUCAAGCCUGUCCACUACGAUCUGGAAAUGAAGCCUGAAAUGGAGAAAGACUUUUACACUGGGACAGUUAAUAUUUCUAUUGCUUUGGAAAAACCUACCAACCACCUCUGGCUUCACCUGCGAGAGACCAAGAUCACAGCAAUGCCCACACUGCAGAAAUCUUCAGGACAGCAAAUUGCUCUGGUCGACUGCUUUGGGUACCUGCCACAAGAGUACAUAGUGAUGAAGGCAGAAGCAGAGCUCUCUGUCACUGAUGAAAAUGAUCCCUAUAUCCUCACUCUCAAGUUUCAAGGCUGGCUGAACGGUUCCCUGGUUGGGUUUUAUAGGACCACCUACACUGAGAAUGGACUGAUCAAGAGCAUUGCAGCGACCGAUCACGAGCCAACAGAUGCAAGGAAAUCAUUUCCUUGCUUUGAUGAGCCCAACAAAAAGGCAACUUACAGCAUAGCUAUCAUCCAUGAGGACACCUACAAUGUACUUUCAAACAUGCCAGUACAGCAAACUGUAGAGCUGGGUGGUGGCUGGAAUCGGACAACUUUUGAGAAGACAGUUCCCAUGAGCACUUACUUGGUGUGCUUUGCAGUGCACCAGUUUGUGCCAGUAGAGAGAAUGUCUGCUAGUGGAAAACCUCUGAGAGUUUAUGCCCAGCCCCAGCAAAUACACACAGCAACGUAUGCAGCAAAUGUAACAAAAAUUGUGUUUGACUUCUUUGAAGAUUACUUUAAUUUGAACUAUUCUCUUCCAAAACUAGAUAAAAUAGCUAUUCCAGAUUUUGGGACAGGUGCUAUGGAGAACUGGGGGCUGAUCACAUACAGAGAAACAAACCUGCUGUUUGAUCCCAAUGAAUCAGCCACUUCCAACAAACAGAGAGUAGCUGCUGUGGUAGCCCAUGAGCUCGUUCAUCAGUGGUUUGGAAAUAUUGUGACCAUGGACUGGUGGGAUGACUUGUGGCUAAAUGAAGGAUUUGCCAGUUAUUUUGAGUUCCUGGGAGUAAAUGCUGCAGAGCCAGACUGGCAAAUGCUUGAUCAGGUUUUAAUUGAUGAUGUUCUUCCUGUAAUGAAGGAUGACUCCUUGCUCUCUUCCCACCCCAUUGUGGCCAAUGUGUUAUCUCCAGCUGAAAUCACCUCUGUGUUUGAUGGGAUAUCCUACAGUAAGGGUGCAUCGAUCCUCAGAAUGAUUCAAGACUGGAUUACACCAGAUCUAUUCCAAAAAGGGUGCCGGGCAUAUUUGAAGAAACACAAAUUCCAGAAUGCCAAGACACAACAGUUUUGGGAAGCUCUAGAAGAGGCAAGUAAUAAACCUGUGAAGGAAGUCAUGGACACGUGGACUAGGCAGAUGGGCUACCCUGUUUUGGAGAUGGGAAAGAAUUCAGUGCUCACACAGAAACGUUUCCUCUUGGAUCCCAAAGCAGAUGCUUCUCAUCCUCCUUCUGACCUUGGGUAUAGGUGGAAUAUACCAGUGAAAUGGAAACUUGGGAAUUCAACAAAUUAUACUUUCUAUAGCACGUCAGAUUCUGCAGGAAUUGCAAUAGAAUCACCUCUUGAUUCUUUUGCCAGCAUUAAUCCAGACCACAUUGGGUUCUAUCGGGUGAAUUAUGACAGUCAAAACUGGGACAGGUUAACCAGUCUUCUGGAUAGCAACCACAGAAAUUUUACAGUUGCUGACCGUGCAGGGAUUUUGGAUGAUGCCUUUUCUUUAGCAAGAGCUGGACUCAUGAGCUACUCUGUUCUCCUGAACCUCACAAAAUACCUAAGAAAUGAAGCAGACUAUUUGCCUUGGGAAAGAGUUAUAUCAUCUGUGUCUUACCUUGCACACAUGCUUGAAGAUGAUACAAAUCUCUAUCCACGGUUUCAGGAAUAUUUUCGCUACCUGGUGAAACCCAUUGUGGAUAAACUGCAGUGGAAUGAUACUGGGAGCCAUUUGGAGAGGCUUCUUCGUGCAUCUGUCCUAGACUUUGCCUGCAGUAUGGAUGACACAAAAUCUUUGGAAACUGCUUCUCAACUUUUCAAGCAAUGGCUACAAGGAGAUACUGUUCCUGCAAAUCUCCGGCUACUGGUGUAUCGCUAUGGGAUGCAGAACUCAGGCAAUGAGGCAUCCUGGGACUACAUGUUCAACAAAUACCAAACAACUUCAUUAGCACAAGAAAAGGAAAAGCUGCUCUAUGGCCUGGCAUCAGUGAAGAGCAUUCCCCUUUUGGACAGGUACCUGAAAUAUAUUUACAACACCAGCCUCAUCAAAAGCCAAGAUGUGUUCACAGUCCUGAGAUACAUCUCAUCCAACACCUAUGGGAAAACCAUGGCCUGGGACUGGAUAAGACUUAACUGGCAGUACUUGGUUGACAGAUUUACUAUCAAUGACAGAUACCUUGGUCGAAUAGUAACUAUUACUCAGACCUUCAACACUGAGCUCCAGCUUUGGCAGAUGGAAAAUUUCUUUGAGAAAUAUCCUAAUGCUGGGGCAGGAGAAUCACCCAGGAGUCAGUCAGUCGAGCAGGUGAAGAACAAUAUUGAAUGGCUAAAAGUAAACAAGGAGGAAAUACGAAUGUGGCUGGAAGCAUGGAAAGGCUCUUGAAGUCUUUGUUAAAAAUGUCAGGCACUCAUUCUGGGCACUCAGCUUCUCAGAGAUAUCUAGCAAGGUGGAUUUCUCACCUAGGGACCUUGGAGGAGGCCUAAUAUUUUUUCUAUAAAUAUUUUUUCUGAUUUUUAAGAGAUGACUGCCAGAGCAAUGUGUGUGCAGUUGCUGAUCCUAGAUCCUGCCAGCACUUGUGUGCAAGAAUAGCUUUACACUUUGAUAGAUUCAUUUGCCUGAAGAAUACAAAUGUUCAAAGUUACUCAAGGCAGAAGUGAUGGCAAAACUGGAGGCUUCACCCAUCAACUUGGCCUCUUUCCUUCCUCAUACCACUCUGAAAAGCUGCUUCUUGGUUCUCACUGAAGUAGAUUUACUACACUCAGGGAUUCCUUUCUAGGUGGAUUGGAGUUUUCUCCUGAAGGAAAGGGAAUUAAGCAGUAAUGUCAAUGUUUUCUGAAAAUCAUCCCCUAUCUUCAUAACUGUAAAAAUUAUAUAUUUGGGAUUGAGCAUUGCAUUCUGAUACUAUAGAAUGUCCAUUUAAGGUUCCCUCUCCAUUGAGUUUUGAAGUUUAACUACCAGUACACAAGGGAUCAAUAGUA